UCGUCAGGCUGCCUCCUUCCUUUGCUGCGAGAGUGGCGUCGUUGGCUGGCGGGUGGGGGGCCGUGUCUCUUUAAGAAUGGAACGCGGAGCUCCGCGGGCUGCGGCCGAGGGUACAUUGUGACGUCGCCGCGCCAUUGUGACGUCGAAAGGGGACCCCCACCCCCCAAAUAAGAGGCGCCUGCGAAGCCGGAGGAGGAGGAGGAGGAAAGCGGACGGAGCUCUCUCCCUUCUCCAUUGUGGCUCCCGCCCUGGGGCGCCUCUGGGAUUCCCGCGCGCUGCUUCCCCCGGCUCCCGAGCCAGCCCUUCUCGCCUUCAGCCAUGCUGACCAGAGCAUGGACUCCGCGGAAGGCGAUGUGCUGUCGACGCGGGAGCAGCUCUUCCACGAGCGGGUCCGGGAGUGCCUCAUCUGUGCCCUUCUCUUUGCCAGCCUCUACAUCCUGUGCUACUUCAUCCUAACACGCUUCAAAAGGCACACAGACUUCACAACAGUUGAUGAAGAUGCUGCUGUCAACAGAAUUGCACUCUGGCUGUGCACCUUCACCUUGGCAGUAUCUCUAGGAGCUGUGCUCCUGCUUCCCUUCUCCAUCAUCAGCAACGAAGUUCUGCUCACCUUCCCGCAAAACUACUACAUCCAGUGGCUCAAUGGGUCCCUCAUCCACGGGCUCUGGAACCUCGUCUUCCUCUUCUCCAACCUCUCCCUCGUCUUCCUCAUGCCCUUUGCCUACUUCUUCACCGAAUCCGAAGGUUUUGCGGGAUCAAAGAAGGGGAUCAUGGCUCGUGUCUAUGAGACGUUUGUGGUCCUCCUGCUGCUGACCCUGUUGGUGCUGGGAAUGGUCUGGGUCGCGUCUGCCAUUCUGGACAACAACGCAGCCAGCAGGGAGAGUCUCUAUGACCUAUGGGAAUACUACCUCCCCUACCUCUACUCGUGCAUCUCCCUGUUUGGUGUGCUGCUGCUCUUGUUGUGCACCCCCUUUGGCCUCUCACGGAUGUUCACCGUCACAGGGACACUGCUGGUGAAGCCCAGGCUGCUGGAGGAUUUAGACGAGCAACUGAACUGUACAGGAUUUGAGGAAGCUGCCAUUUCGCGUAAGAUCCACUCUGGGAAAACUUCCUGCUGGCUCAACUUUGAUAUGGAAGUGCUGAGGCAACAAUACCUAGCGAUUCACGCGCACAGGAUAACGCUGGAAACACGCCGCAAAGCCUCUGCUUGGCAAAGGAACUUGGGAUACCCACUGGCCAUGCUUUCUUUGCUAUCUCUAACGGGCAUCUCUGUUCUGGUUGUCUGUUUUCAUGUCUUGGAGCUGCUCUUGGAUGAUGCGGCCAUGCCUCGAGGGAUCCAGGAUGCACCAUUGGGAAAAGUUUCUUUCUCUGUCUUUGGCUCUUUUGGGGCAGCCAUGCAAGUGAUCCUCAUAUUCUACCUAAUGAUUUCCUCCGUGGUGGGAUUCUACAGCUCCCCACUGUUUACCAAACUGCUGCCUGAGCAACAUGACACAGCCAUGACCAAGAUAAUCGGGAACUGUGUCUCGUUGUUGGUGUUGAGCUCUGCCCUCCCAGUUUUGUCUCGGACUUUGGGAAUCACGAGGUUUGACCUGCUUGGUGACUUUGGGAGGUUUAACUGGCUAGGAAACUUCUACAUUGUCUUUCUCUACAACAUGCUCUUUGCUGGCCUCACGACUCUUUGCCUGGUGAAAAAAUUCACCUGGGCUGUGCAAGCUGAACUCAUCAGGGCAUUUGGCCUCCACAAACUGCCUCUACCUGUGACUCGAUCCCACCAGCCAUGCAAGCUCAGCUAGGAUCAGUGUUGGUGCCUGAACCAAGCCUGGCAAGUGAGCCACAGCCGGGACAUCCUUACCUUGACGUCGUGAUUGUUGCUUGUCUUCUGAGCCAUCGGACUGCAGCAGACGAGGGUGGGGCAGACAGCUGCCUUUGCCCUGCCUUCAUUUUGACCAAUGACUUGUUGGAAAGGAGGGAAGGUGGCGUUUUCAGCCUCGCCUCCCCGUUUCCCAGAAGCCCAAGGAGGGCGAUAGACUCGAACCACUCUUGAGACCUCGCUGUCUGCUCUGAGGUCCCCGUUCCUAUCAGCUGAGGGAACAUCUCAGUAGUUCACACUGUGACUUCGGAACUGGGGCGGUGUGAAUAGGUUGUGGAGAAAGAGGCCUUGGACUGUCUUAGAGAGAGAUUGAUGUAGAAUUGGCCCCGGGGCAUUGUUAGGGAGCAACAUGGGAGAGACAGGCUGCGGGGGGAAAGUCCCUUGCCCCCGCAGGGGUGCUGCAGAUUCCUGCUCUAGCUCCCUCUCUUCCUUGUUUACAUUUGACAUUGUCUUAAACCUCAUGCCCAUGUUGGCCUCUCACUAGACCGUAGGGCCGAAAACCUUUCCAGUUAGGAAUUCUGAGCCAGUUCUGUGUAGUAGAUCGAACUCCGUUCCAUUGUUUACAUACCUCACUCAAGUGCAAUAUAAGCUGGCGCUAUUGAGCCAUUUAUCCAUGGCUUUCUGUUCAGCAGCCAUCUCUGUGAGAGACUAUUUUAUGUGUGUGUGUGUUUGCGUGCGCUUUGUGUUCUUUAAAAUUUGCCCCGCAACAUGUAAGCAUCCCUUGUCCGUAACGCUGGGUGUCGACUCAAAGUAAUGGUGGACACAUCUAAUCAGUUUCCGCUCCGUUUCCCCCCAAAAUGGAAACUGUGUAAGGGGAAGCAGGCCACAGAGUGCCCUUGCCCAGCAAGAAGGAAGAACUUGCCACAAUGGCCACCCUUCCAACUCUUAGACCGUUGAGAGGCGGUUGCAGAGUUUGACAUUUUCUGAAAUUAAGAACAGACCUCAAGAACACGGAUGCAGCUCUUUUCUUGCCCUGUGACCCCCAUGCCUUGCUUCAUGCAAUCAAAUCCCCUUCAAGGGCAAACUGCACGGGCUGUAUAACUUGCUUUGCUCUCCACACUCUAUCAGUGUUUCCCAAACUUGGGUCUCCAGUUGUUUUUUUGGACUACGGCUCCCAUCAUCCCUAGCUAGCAGGGCCAGUGGUCAAGGAUUAUGGGAACUGUAGUCUGAAACAGCUGGAGACCCAAGUUUGGGAAACGCUGCUUUAGAUCAGGGGGAGCCAUUGUGGUGUCGUUCAGGUGCCGCUCAACUAUGUCCCUGGCAGGGGCUGAUGGGAGUUGGAGUUCAAGAACAGCUGGAGAACAGACACCACAUCGACUACUUCUGCUCUAGAUACUCCCAGCUUGUAGGAAGAUCUCCUGUUAUUUGGGUUGGAAGGUGAAUCUGUUCAAUAUGGAGGUAUAUUUUUCAAAAUCUGGGGAAUGGCAAAGGCAUGUUAGAACACGGGUAAUGUGGAAGAAUGGUGCAAUGGGAAACAGCCCUCUGCCCCCUCUACUAUGAGUGCAUCAUUUGGGCAUCUCUUAGUGUUUGGAUGCCAGGCUGUGAUCUCCAGUUUGUCAGGACUCUGUACCCAGUGCUGGAUAGGAAUUAUAUGAGAAAGCUGAAUCCCUUAUUUUAAUUCUCUAUUAAUGUGAAAGCUCUGUCUAUAACCCAGUUUGAGCCUAAAUGGCAGGAAGCAGGGAGGUAUCAAAUUUACCAGCCCAGAUGUGAGCGGCCAUUUUACAGUUGUGUCUUUUGAGUUUUAUGGUAGGAGUUGCUGUGUGUGUGUGUGUGUGUGUGUGUGUGUGUGUGUGUGUCUUUUCCCCCCCUGUCUUUGUGGCACCAUUGUUUUGCAGUGUGUAUCUAUGUGUGCUGGGCAAGACCACAACUGCCUAUGCCCCAUGUUUGCAGAAAAUGUAGAAGUUUGCUUCAAGGCUCGUGGGUGCCCCUUGCGGUCAGUUUUGAAGAACGACAGACUGCUGCGCUCUUGUUAUUGUGGCAACCAUAAUCUCCAUAAAUUUCACAGCCGGAGCUGAACGUCAUAGGAGGCCGCACACAAAAGUCCUGCAUCCUUACCACAGAUCAGACUUCGAUUGGGAGGGGAAGGGUUGUGUGAGAAUGACUUAUUUUGUUGCAGGAACAUAUUGUGGCAUUGCAGGCCCCGCUUCAGAGGGGCCCAACCGAAAUGGAGACUUGUGACCCCGGCCUGCCUUUGUUGCUUCAUGUAGUGACUGUCUGAUCUCAGUACUAUACUGUCCAUGGGGCUCGUAUCCAUGUAAGCAAUAAAUUGCCUAGUUCUCUUUUA